UGUUUCCGCAGACGUCUCCGUUUCUGACGGUCUUCGUCCCUUUGUGUAGAUCCUGACUUCCGUCUGGUAUCACUUUCGUUUUGCUUGAAAGACUUUCUUUCGUAUUUCUUGUAGUGCAGGUCUGCUGCUGGUGAUGGUUGCCAGCUUUUGUAUGUCAGAGAGAGUCUUUAUUUCACCUUUGUGUUUGAAAGACAUGAAUUUCAAAGAUAUUUGAGCGCUUUCUGUUCACUGGAUGUAGAGCCCUGGACUUUGUCUCACAAGAUGAAAUGUUGACGCCGCUGGGGAGGUUGGACAAGUAUGCUGCGAGCGACAACGUGUUUAACAGACAAAUGGUGGCCCGGAGUUUGCUGGAUACACUGAGGGAAGUCUGCGAUGAUGAAAGAGAUUGUAUUGCCGUUUUGGAAAGAAUUAGCAGAUUAGCUGAUGACUCAGAACCAACGGUGAGAGCAGAGCUGAUGGAGCAGGUGCCCCACAUCGCCUUGUUCUGUCAAGAAAACCGGCCCGCCAUCCCCUAUGCUUUCUCCAAAUACCUGCUGCCUAUCGUGGUGAGGUACCUGGCAGAUCAGAAUAACCAGGUGAGGAAGACCAGCCAGGCGGCCCUGCUGGCUCUGCUGGAGCAGGAGCUGAUUGAACGGUUCGACGUGGAGACCAAAGUGUGCCCCGUCCUCGUGGGGCUGACCGCCCCCGACAGCACCGACGACGUGAAGACGGAAGCGGUGGCCAUAAUGUGCAGAAUGGCCCCCAUGGUUGGGAAGGACAUCACCGAGCGCCUUAUCCUCCCCCGGUUCUGUGAGAUGUGCUGUGACUGCAGAAUGUUUCAUGUUCGAAAGGUGUGUGCUGCCAACUUUGGAGACAUUUGCAGUGUAGUUGGCCAGCAGGCUACUGAGGAGAUGUUGCUGCCUAGGUUUUUCCAGCUUUGCUCUGAUAACGUGUGGGGCGUCCGGAAGGCCUGUGCCGAGUGCUUCAUGGCGGUUUCCUGUGCAACGUGUCAAGAAAUCCGACGGACUAAAUUAUCUGCACUGUUUAUUAAUUUGAUCAGUGAUCCUUCACGUUGGGUUCGCCAGGCAGCUUUUCAGUCUCUGGGACCUUUCAUAUCUACUUUUGCUAAUCCAUCUAGCUCAGGCCAGUACUUUAAAGAAGAAAGCAAAAGUUCAGAAGAUGCAUCAGUGGAAGACAAAAAUAGGACCAGAGACCAGGAAGCCCCCGAGGAUGUCCAGAUCAGGCCGGAGGACGCCCCCACGGAGCCAGCUGCUGGUCCUCCCCGUGUUGAACUGGAAGGCACGCUGAAAGACGGCACUGAAAACCCUCGGAGACCUCCUGGCGAAGCAGCCGCUCUGGUGGGCAGCUCUGUGCUCUGUGCUUGGUCCUCAGAGCCCCCCCAGGAGGCGGCCGGCGACGAGAAGGACAGAAAGCCUGGGCACGGCCGGUCUGCGUCGCGGUUGGAGGAGCCAGGCCUCCUGGACCAGGAGUACAACUCCUUCCAUUUCUGGAGGACUCCUCUUCCCGAAAUAGAUCUUGACAUGGAGCUGGGGCAGGGCUCUGGGAGCCCCCUCGGCCCAGAGGGCCCGGGAGCAGCACCCCAAGUCUCCGUGCCCGGCUCUGCAAGCCUCACCAUGGCCACCAGGAAGGAGCUGGAGGAGCUGAUCGAGAACCUGGAGCCGCACGUCGACGACCCGGACGUCAGAGCGCAGGUGGACGUGCUGGCCGCCGCCCUGCGCGCCUCCAGCCUGGAUGCCUGUGAUGAGCCCGGCGAGGCGGCCAGGAGGAGCCCCGUGCAGGACGAGCCGGCCGCCGGCGAGCUCCCUGGCUGCGGACUCAGCCACGAAGCCUCCGUGCCUUUGAUCAGCGAUGCUGUUGAGGACGUGGACUCCGCCCUCUGCUACAUGCACCACGAUCCGGACUUGGGCAGCGACGGCGGUUUCAGCCCCGACGAGGAGAGGAGACCCAGAGUCCAGGAUGUGGUGCCUCAGGCUCUGCUGGACCAGUACCUGUCCAUGACCGACCCUUCCCGGGCCCAGACAGUCGACACGGAGAUCGCCAAGCACUGCGCCUACAGCCUGCCGGGCGUGGCCCUGACCCUGGGCCGGCAGAACUGGCACUGCCUGCGGGAGACCUACGAGACCCUGGCCUCGGACAUGCAGUGGAAAGUUCGGAGAACCCUGGCCUUCUCCAUCCAUGAGCUCGCUGUCAUCCUGGGGGAUCAGCUGACGGCAGCAGAUCUGGUUCCAAUUUUCAAUGGAUUCUUGAAAGACCUCGAUGAAGUCAGGAUAGGUGUCCUCAAACACCUGCAUGAUUUUCUAAAGCUCCUUCAUGUUGACAAGAGACGAGAGUACCUGUACCAGCUGCAGGAGUUUCUGGUGACGGACAACAGCAGGAACUGGCGCUUCCGGGCGGAGCUGGCUGAGCAGCUGAUCUUGCUCCUGGAGCUGUACAGCCCCAGGGACGUCUACGACUACCUGCGCCCCAUCGCCCUGAGCCUGUGCGCGGACAAGGUCUCCUCCGUCCGCUGGAUCUCCUACAAGCUGGUCAGCGAAAUGGUGCGGAAGCUGCACCGCGCGGCGCCGCCCUCCUUCGGGGUGGACCUGAUCCACGAGCUGGUGGAGAAUUUCGGCCGCUGCCCACGCUGGUCCGGGCGCCAGGCCUUCGUCUUCGUCUGCCAGACGGUCAUCGAGGACGACUGCCUCCCCAUGGACCAGUUUGCGCUGCACCUCAUGCCGCACCUGCUGACCUUGGCCAACGACAGAGUCCCCAACGUUCGAGUGCUGCUCGCCAAGACGCUAAGACAGACUCUACUAGAAAAAGAGUACUUCUCGGCCUCGGCCAGCUGCCACCAGGAGGCGGUGGAGCAGACCAUUGUGGCCCUGCAGAUGGACCGCGACAGUGACGUCAAGUACUUCGCCAGCACCCACCCCGCCGGCACCAGGAUCUCCGAAGACGCCUUGAGCACGGCCUCCUCCACCUACUAGUCGCCGCGGCCGCGGGGCCCGCGUGCCGAGGGCCAGGGUCCCGCCGCGCCCCACUCGCCCGGCCGGCCCGGGCUCCGCCCGCGGACUGAAUGGCAGGUGCAAGUCGCCUGCGCCGCACCAGGGAUUUUCAGAGUCGAGAGAAAGUACAGUAAACACUAUGAUCUUGUCUUGACUUGAAGGGAAAGUAAUUUCUCAGAGGAUUAUAAUCGUCACCGAAGCCUUAAACCCUUCCGUCUUCCUGACUGAGUAGACCUUGAAUUGGUCAGGCGUGUCCCUCGUGGAGGGGACGGGAGUCCCGGGGCCCGCGUGGCUUUCUGCUGGCUUUACUGAAGGACCGCCGUGAGCGCCCUCAGUGCAGGCGAGGAGCUGCGGGGGUGCGCCCGGCCAGCCGGCAUGUGAAUAGUUUCCAGCGUGUGUGAACGGGGCAGGAGCGUCUGUCUGGGUUUCUCCUGGGGCUUGAUGCUGGCACUAGAGUCUGACCUUAACUCCUACGCAGCACCCGGCUGCACACGGUGACGGAGCGUGGCCGAGCGCCUGUAUCCUGUUGUCUCUCAUGCUGGGCCAUGACCUGAAGGAAACUUGUGAGCAGGUGUGCAGGGUGUCGGGCGUCCUGAGCUGGACCACGCCCGGCCCUGGGUGCACUGUGUGUGUCUCUCUGCGUGCUGCACACGCCUGCGACCCUCCGGGGAGGGCGCGCUCCAAUCAUGCUGUUGUGCACAAGUUCUCCUGUCCAGAGAAAAUUUAUUCCUAAGGUCUACACAGAGAGCGCUGCCCCUUUGACUGUUUUCUAGAUACCUGCGAAUAAAUGCAAUUCGUGACCUGUAUUAAUGAUUUUAGUAUAAAGUGGGAGAACUAGAUUAAAAUAUUUGUCUUUUACCUA